AUGUCAAUACCACCAUCUAAUUCAAAUAUAUUGGAUCAAACUAAUUUAGAUGAAAAUCUACAAGCUUUAAAUUUAAAUAAUUUUGGUUCAAAUAUAAAAAAAAAAUCAAAAAGACCCAUGAGAGCUUAUCAUUCAGAUUUUAAUACUCCAAUUAUAUCACCAUCAAAUCAAUCUCCACUAAUACCUCAACAAUCACAAUUUAAUAAUCAAAUACCUCAACAACUGCAAUUUAAUCAACCUCAAACUUAUAAUGAACCACAACUACAACCACAGCUACAACCACAACCACAACCACAACCACCAUUUGCUGAAUCAAUGAAUAUUCAAGAUAUGAAUAAUUUAGAUUCUCAUUCAUCAAAUCUUUCACUACAAGCAUUUAGAUAUUUAAAUCAAAAAGAAUAUGAUACUCCAAAUGAUCAAGGUCAAUAUAAAUCAUUUUUAACAUUUUCUGACACAUUACCACCAGAUUCAACAACUCAAUUUCAUUCAUUAGAUCAAGGUUCGGCUUCUUCAAAAUUCAUGAGAUCUACAUUUUAUUACGUCCCUGUAUCUGAACAAUUAAGACUGGCUACUAAAUUACCAAUGGCAAUUACAAUUAGACCAUUUGCACCAUUAUUGCAAACUGAAGAAUCUGUGCCGUUGGUUGAUUUUAAUAAUAGUGAAGAAUUAGCAAAUCAACAACCUGAAGAUCCAUUAAGUAUAGGUCCAUUAAGAUGUCAUAGAUGUAGAGCAUAUGUAAAUUCAUCAAUGCAAUUUACUCAUAAUCAAAAAUUUAUAUGUAAUAUUUGUCAAUUUUCAAAUAAUCAAGUUCCAAAUGAUUAUAUGUCAGUAUUAGAUUCGAGAGGUUAUAGAAUUGAUAAGUUUCAAAGACCUGAAUUACAUAAAAGUGUAUAUGAUAUAAAAGUUCCAAAAGAAUAUAAUUUUGGAGGUGGUGAAAAGGAUUCAAAACCAUUACAUGUUGUAUUUUUAAUUGAUAUUACUGAAAAUAGUAUAAAACAGAAUUUACCAAAUGUUGUAAGUGAUGCUAUUAGAGCUACUUUAUUUAAUAAUGAAGAAUUAACAGGUGUUAAAAUUGCUCUUAUUGCAUUUGAUAAAAGAUUACAUUUUUUCAAUUUAUCUUCCAAAUUAGAAACUACUCAAAUUUCCAUAUCUUCUGAUUUAGAUGAUCCUUUUGUACCAUUUGAUGACGGGUUAUUCGUGGACCCAGAAGAUAGUCAAUUUGUAAUUGAAGACGCAUUAAAUUAUAUUGAACAUAUAGGAGAUGAUCAAAUUAUAGAUCUAGAACCAUGUUUUACAUCAGCGUGUAGAACAGCUGGUCUUUGUCUAGAAUCUGUUGGGGGUGGUAAAAUUAUUUCAAUAUUAUCUAAUUUACCAUCAUGGGGUCCAGGAGGAUUAAAAAUUAAAGAUAAUAAAUCAAUUGGAAGAAAUCCAACUCCCGAAAUUGAAAAAAAAUUAUUAUUACCAGAUAAUGAAUAUGUUAAAAUAAUGGGUAGGGAUUUUGUUGAAAAAAGUAUUGGUAUUGAUAUUCAUAUUGUUUCUCAUACUCCGGUUGAUUUAUCAAAUUUAGGUUGGUUAGCUUCAAUUACUGGUGGUGAAUUAACGAGAUGGCCAAAUUUUAGUUUAAAAAGAGAUGGUAGAUUUUUAACUUCUAAAUUAAUAAAUUCAUAUAAAAAUGUUACUGGAUAUCAAGGACAAUUGAAAUUAAGAUGUUCAAAUGGUUUACAAGUGGCUCAAUAUUAUGGAACUGCAUCAUCUGAGGCUGUAAAUGUCCAAGAUCCAAUAAUUCCAAUAUUGAAUAAAAAUCAAACAUUUACUAUACUUUUACAAUAUGAUGGAAAGUUGAGUACUAAAUUAGAUUGUCAUUUUCAAGCAGCAUUAUUAUAUACUGAUCCAAAUGGAGUUAGAAAAGUUAGAGUUAUAAAUUUGGUACUUGCUGUUACGAAAUCACUUGAGGAUGUUUUCCAUUUCACUGAUGAAAAUGCAAUUAUUACAACUUUAAUAAGGGACUCGUUAUCUUUCAUAGGCAAACAAUCAACUUCAGAAUUAAGAGAAUCUUUAAAUAAUAAAUUAGUUGAUAUUUUUACCCAAUAUCGUGCAAUGUAUGAAUAUGGUCAUAAUAAAUCAAAAACACUAACAAAUAAAUUAUUAUUUCCAGAUUCAUUAAAACAUUUACCUUUAUAUAUAUUAAGUUUUUUAAAAACAAAUGCUAUUAAAUCAAAUACAACAAUAGAUUCAAGAUUAAGUAAUCUUUAUAAUUUGUUAAAUAUGCCAGUAGAAAGAUUAGUAUAUCAUUUAUAUCCGGCAUUAAUUGAAGUACAUUCAAUUAAUGAAGAAGGAUAUAUUAAUGAAGAAACUGGAUUUAUUUCACUACCACAAUUUAAAGAAUUGAGUGUUAAAUCAUUAGAUCAUAGUGUUUAUAUAUUAUGUAAUGGUUAUAAUGUGUUUAUUUACAUUGAUCCACAUUCAAAUAUUUUAUUACUUAAAGAUUUAUUCGGUGAACAAAUUGAAGAUGUAAAAGAUAUAGAUCCAUUGAUCGAUGAAUUACCAGAAUUAAAUACUGAAAUAUCUCAACAAAUAAGGAAUAUAGUGAAAUAUUUCCAAUUUAAUAUCAUUGGAGCUAAUUGUAAUUGUAUAAAUAUAGUUAGAAAAGAUAUAGAUGGGUCUGAAAUUGAAUUUAGGGAAAAUUUAAGAGAUGAUCAAUUAAGUACUAUUAUGUCUCAAGGUCCAAGUUAUUCUGAAUAUUUGAUUAAUUUACAUAAAGCAAUUAGAAAUAUUUUGGAUUCAGAUAAGGCUUCACAGAGUAUAAAACUGUCGAUUUCAAAUGUAGAACAUGAUAAUUCAACAUUAGCACAAAGAUAUAUACAUUUUUAA